AUGUGCCCAGUCAUCAUUGGUGCUGGCAGCAAUUUUCCACUUGUGGAGACAUCUGGAAAAGGAAAGUCAGAUGCAGAGAACCUAGACCAGGGCUCCCCUGAGCACUUUCAGAGACCUCCUGAAGGACCUGAAACGCCACCACCUGGAGCCCCUCCUAAUGGUGAAAACCUAGAAGGUGAAUCUCAGCUAGAUCCACCCCCACAGGAUGGUGAACCUCAGCAGGGACCACGUCCACAAGGUGAAGGACCUCAGCAGAGACCACGUCCACAAGGUGAUGGACCUCAGCAGAGACCACCUCCAAAAGGUGAUGGAUCUCAGCAAAGACCACCUCCACGAAAUGGUGAAUCUCUGCAGCGACUACUCCCACCAAAGCAACCUUGUCAUCAUUAUCCUCCUCCACCUUUUCCUGAGAGACAUCACAGACCACCACCCCCAAGACACAGCCCACAAAGACCUCCCCAAGGCCCACCAACCCAGUAA